AGAAAAUUUCCAGAUAAAUAUUAUUUUUCACGCGACGGACGAGUGAAGAUAUACACUCCAUUUAUAGGUUGGCCGGCUUUGUAUUUGGAAAUGGCUAAGAGAAUCAAGAAUGUGCCUUAUUUAGUCAUUAAGGGCACUAAAUCUGACUACAUUAAUGAGGAUUCCAAUGAAGUAAUCGAUGUACUGCGCCAGAACAAUCCGCACUUCGAAUUUCAUGAGAUUGAUGGCACCCAUCAUGUGCACUUGAAUAAUCCGUCGGAAUGCGCAGCCGUUAUAAAUCCAUUCAUUAAUGCUCACAGGCCAGCUAUGCCCAAUAGCUGGGCUGUUGAUGACGACGAAACUGUGCUUAGAGGCAAUCAAAGUAGAGACCGUAACAAAAAUGCAGCCAAGCGGCGACUUAGGUGGCUUAGGAGUAAGCUGUGAUGAAGUGGAAUAUUUUAUAUGUGUGUAGAGCUUUGAAAUUAAAAAAAAAUUA